CUCUCUCCCUGUUUUCUGUCCCGGAGCCUCCAGCACCGGGUUCAUUCAGUGAGAUCAUGCGGGCCGCGGGGCUCCAGCUGGCCGCAGCGCUCGCUCUGUUUGCCGCAGUGCUGUCCAGGUCGCGGGGGGAGGUGAUCGACGACAUCCUGAGCAGCCUCUCGCGGGGAGCAUCCUUCCUGGAGCGGCAGCACGAGCACAUCAACCUGGACGGGGUGGUUGGGUUCCUCAUGCUGCAGGCCGAGCUGAAGGAGGCGGUUCGUACGUGGCCUCACAGCGACCCGGUCAGCUGGGCUCAGAGAACCACCGCCGUCGCUCUGGUCAAACGUCUGGAUCUGAGCUUCGACAAGGCCGUCGCCGCUCUGCAGCAGAACGACCCCAAGUACUACAGAGAGUUCGAGCCCCUGAUGUCUUGGAGCUUCUGGUUGAUUCCUCAGGAGUGGAGCUCCACAGAUCCAGAUCGCAGCCUGGUGUAUCCCUCCACCAUGACCACCGAGUGCUACGACGAGCAGCUCAGCGACAAAUGUCUGACGCUGCUGCUGGGAACCUGGAAGAUGAACGGGACGCCCUGCAUUGUCACCAAACCCUGCAGAGACACCAUGACUCGCUUCGGCUGUCCUCACUACUCCCUGUCCCACCAGCUGCUCUACUUCAUGAUCGGAAGAAUGAAAGGCUGCACCAACCUGCUGAAGGGCGACACACGAGCGUCCCGAGCCAACAUGACCGAACUGAGCUACCAGAAGAUCUUCUGCUCCAACAUGAUGAAGACCAACCAGGACAUCAUGAGGGACGGGCUGACGGAGCAGACGGUGGACAUCUUCAUCGAAAACAUCCUGAUCUGUGGAUUGAGUGGUUUCUCCGACUUCUACAAAGCUGAUUGGCUGCAGCACAUCCUCCGUCUGCAGGACGAGGAGGUGGGCUGCUUCGGGAGAGACAAGAGCAUCAUCUCUCAGAUCAUCGGAGACGAGCUGCUGGAACAGCUGCAGCCUCACAGGAGAGUCAAGAGGAGGGAGAAAAUACUGCCAGACGGCUGCUCCAGUCACAUGACGGCGGUGGCGGUUGGAGCUCUGGGAGGAUACCUGAACUACUACCUGACGGAGCAGGACAUAACCAAGAGGCCUCUCUCCUGAACCCCCCCCUCAAAACGCUGUAGAUCAUCAGCUAGAGCAGCU